ACGGAACUUCCUUCAUCCCGUUUGCUCUAUUUCAACUCUGAAUCUGAUUAUCCUUCUUCUCUACUCGUUCGUUUGAUUGGUUUUUUCUUCUUCGUCUUUUUGAAAACUGAAGAAAAAAAGAUGCUGGCAAUAUUCAACAAAGGUGUGAUGAAUCCACCUGAAGAGCUCCAUAGCCCUGCUUCUUUGACUUCACCCAGAAAGCCGAAGCUCUCUGAAGAGAUCUGCAAAGACUUUGUCGAUUCUCAUCCGUCAAACACAUUUCUAAUCAGCUUAAAAAAUGCAGCUUCCCUUGCUUAUGUUCCUCCUCAAAACCCUUACUCCUCUUCAAAAAGAUUGUUUUGUGGGAUUGAUAAUAUAUAUUGUAUAUUCAUGGGGAGCUUAAACAACUUGAGCCAUCUCAACAAACAAUAUGGAUUAUCAAAAGGGAGCAACGAAGCCAUGUUUGUGAUUGAAGCAUACAGAACUCUGCGUGAUCGGGGCCCAUACCCGGCCCAUCAAGUCCUGACGGAUCUUGAUGGUAGCUUUGGCUUUAUGGUUUAUGACAGCAAGGCUGGAAGCGUUUUUGCUGCACUGCAAUGGGUUGUGCAGGGAUCAAUUGCAAACGAAGAGGUGAGACUCUUUUGGGGCAUUGCGGGUGAUGGGUCGGUUGUCAUUUCUCAUGACUUGGAAAUCAUCAAAGCAGGCUGCGCCAAAUCAUUUGCGCCAUUUCCAACUGGAUGCAUGUUCCACAGUGAGCAAGGGCUGAUGAGCUUUGAGCAUCCAGGAAGUCAGAUGAAGCCAAUGCCCAGAAUUGACAGUGAGGGAGUCAUCUGUGGGGCUAACUUCAAGGUUGAUGUUCAGUCAAGGAUGACCACCACCAUGCCACGUGUUGGAAGUGAAGCAAACUGGGCAUUGUCCGGCAACUCACUUGUCUGAGUUGGAGUCCAGAAGAUUGGCAUAGAAUAAUUUACUCAUAGCUUGUCGUUUUAUGAUGCUUUUGUUUGAACCUUUUUCGGGUCUGUCAAUGUGUAUAACUGCUUAUAUCCAAACUGAAUCAACCAUGUAUGCACUCCAAACCACUUAUGUUACCCUCCUUUUAGAUCACAAAAUCAAUUAUAGAUAACAUAUGGUUCACUUGCAAUA